AUGGGAAUAAGAGGGGAAAAGAAGCAUCAUUUCUUGCUGGUGCAUGGGGCUUGUCAUGGGAGCUGGUGUUGGUAUAAGCUUGUCACGUUGCUUAGGUCGAUGGGUCACAAGGUCACUGCGCCUGACCUAGCUGCUGGAGGAGUCCACUCAAAACGAUUGGAAGAGACACAUUCCAUCUCCGACUACUUCAAGCCGUUGAUGGAGGUCAUCGCCUCAAUCCCUACUGACGAGAAGGUGAUACUGGUGGGCCAUGGUAAAGGUGGGGUUAGCAUCUCAGCUGCCAUGGAGAGGUUCCCUCACAAGAUCUCCAUCGCUGUUUUCGCCUCUACUCUGAUGCCUGGUCCAGAGUUCACUGUUCCCACCCUCAAUCAAGAGGUAAGCUACCGUAUAACCAUGAAUUUGGAUCUCGUUCGCAUACAGGAGGAGCACCAUACUCGUGAGCUGCCUGAUCUUCACAUGUAA